AUGGGCCCGAAGCACAACAGGGUGGGGAAGGCGCCGUCUGGUGACCGCGAAAGAGAGCAGAUCCGCCUGCUGUGGGCUUUGCUGGAGUGGGUGGUCCAGCAAUUGGGCUUCAUUGGGCAACAGCCCCUUGGCCAUGGACAGCUGCUCCCAGAGCCCCACAGGACCCCCCACAAGAGUCAGGGCACCUUCAGGCAGAGUGCCACCUCCGCUGAGGACACCUCAUCAAGGGGCACCACCCGCAGCACCACCUGCAGCCGGGGCACCAGCUGGUUCCAGACCGAGAGAUCCAAGACAAAUACCAGCCCCAGCUGCUCCCAGAGCACCCACAGCACCCACACCAGAGUCAGGGGCACGACCUGGAGCACCUUGGCAAACAGGGCAGUUGCUCCCCGUGGAAGUGCACCAAAGACUGCUGCAAAGCAGCCUGCUGCAAAGCAGAUCUCAGCAAUGAACGAAGCUGAUGAGGCCUUCUUGUCUUUAUGGCACUUCAGUGGAUCUGUACAAUUGACAAGGCAGGAUCAGCAUUGCCAGUGGGAGCUGCAGCUGAACCUGUGGAAGUUGCACCUGUAA